CUUUACCCCAUCAUCACCUCCGCCAGAUCUAUCCACAUUCACUGAUUGAACACACAUCAACUCGUCGUUUCUCCGAUACCUUCUCGCCAACAUGGGUAUGUGGCCAGUCCGUGCUUUCCUCCACGGUCUCUUGUGGGCAUGUGCUGUUGUCCUUCUAGGACUGACGGCUUACCGCAUCCACUACACGAAGCGGCGAAAUGAGCCUGACGUUCUUACGAAUCGCACACACUACUGGGAUCCCAUUAUCGUCGAAUUACUCGUUACAUCUAUCCUCGCCAUCCUGGGGUCCUUCUGGUUCCUCGUAGCGCUCUGCACUCGCUCCAGAUUAGGUGGACUCGGAAGUUUCGCAUCUGAAGCCAUCUACCUGUUCAUCAUCUUCGUCAUGUUCUUGGUGGGCGCCGCCUACACCACGCAUCAUUGGCUGUCACUGAGAUGGUGUGACGGAUACCGUGUCUGUUCCGUGCUACAGACCAUCAAGGCGUUCUCAUUCAUCUGCUGGGGUCUUACAUGUCUCCUGCUCCUUUUUGCUCUCAUCGACAUGCUCUGGACCAAGUCCACCUGUGGCGACGCCGCUGCAGGAGGCGGUAGUCGAAAGUCAGCUAUGUACCCCGCUGCAGGAGCCGCAGCUGCCCCUGCUGCUGCCACCUACCCAGAGACUCGAACGGCUCCAGCUGCUGCACCGGCUACGACGACAGCGGCUCCCGCCGCACGAACGACCGAGACAACUUACACAGAAGUCCGUGCUGCUGACCCCAACGCCGUCCAACCAGUGUAAAGGCUUUUUUCUUGACCUCCUUUCGUCUUCGUCUUUCGCUCUUGUCCCCUUUGGUUAUCACCCUUCCCUAUUUUAUAUUCGGAGGAUUGAAUGAUCGCUUUCUCGCUUUGCCUUUGCCGUUUGCCCAAGUUAGUAUAGAUAAAUUACGAAUCUGUAUAGCUCACGCACCCUUGUAACGUCAGUAACCAAACAAACUUCAUUUCCACAC